AGCGCUCACGAUUCGUUUCCGCUGUUUUCUUCAUUCCGUGAUUCACCAUUGUUCUUUCUUGUGAUUAAUUUGCUCAAAGAUGCAGAUCAAAAGAAAAAUAAUACCAUCAACAUUAUAUCUUUUUAUUUUUUACGCCGUAUCGUUCGUUCUAUGUUCCACUGAAAACAGACACGCAACAGAAAAUUUCGUUCGAGGAAAAGAAUCAGACGACUCGUGUACCGGAUUAAACAACGAGACAGGGAGUUGCGAUUAUUUGAGACGAUGUUUUUAUCACGAGUACGAUUCAAAUUUUACGCUCGCUGUGAUUCACUCAUGCACGAUAGGAAAUGCAUACAUGGGCAUUUGUUGCUCGAAUCGUUGGAACGGAAUGUACAAAAAGGAUACGGAGGAUCAAAGUUUCGCCAAAGUUCUUCCGUUAAUUGCGGUGGACAAGGAAAAACGAAACGAAAGCAGAAUCGUUUGGUCGACGGAAGAAGAGGGCGCGUCGAGCUCGUCUCGAAAUCCGCAAGUGUCGAGAGGAUGCGGAACAACAUUAAAAAGUCGGAGCAGAUUAGCCGGUGGUAGGCCGGCCGAUCCGACAGAGUGGCCCUGGAUGGUGGCUCUCCUCAAAAAAGACAAGUCUCAAUACUGCGGUGGUGUCCUCAUCACGGAUAGACACGUUUUAACCGCGGCUCAUUGCGUCGAUGGUUUGAAACCUCGAGACGUAAGAGUGAGACUCGGCGAAUACGAUUUCGAGUCGACGGAGGAGACGAGAGCUUUGGAUUUCUCCAUCGUUGAAAUUAGUAUCCAUCCGGAUUUCGAUACGGCCACGUACGAGAACGAUAUAGCUGUGAUCAAGAUGCACCGACCGACCAUUUUCGACAGUUACAUCUGGCCGGUGUGCCUGCCACCUAUCGGUCAAUCGUUCGAGAACGAAAGCGCGAUCGUGACGGGGUGGGGUACUCGAUAUUACGGGGGGCCAGCGAGCACGGUUUUGAUGGAGGUCGGUGUACCGGUAUGGCCACGAGACAGAUGCACGCGAAGUUUCGUCCAACGAAUUCCCAACACGACUAUCUGCGCCGGUUCUUACGAAGGUGGAGGCGAUUCUUGUCAGGGUGAUUCGGGUGGGCCGUUAUUGCAUCAACUUGAAAACAGUAGAUGGGUGAACAUCGGGAUAGUGUCUUGGGGAAUCGGGUGUGGAAAUCGAGGAGUUCCUGGAAUAUAUACGCGGGUCAAUUUCUAUCUCGAUUGGAUACUCAAGAAUGCUGUGUUCUAAGUUUGAACAUCUCUCUUCCAAUGAUUGCGUUUAAAAUCGUAAAUAUAGUAAAUGUAAAUUAACGCUUUACGACAAUUAUAUCAUUCUCGUUUAAAAAUAUAUUAAAAGUAAGUUAAAAAAUU